UGUACAAAGAAACCAUGCCCACGAAGAGAAACUCAAGCUAGAUUGUGUCGCUUGGGCGCAAAUUUCAUUCACUAUACACAAAUCUCACUUGGUACAGUUUAGAAGCAUCAACGUUCGCCUGUCCAUCCAAGAAAUCUAUAAGAGGGCCCUAAAGACAUCUUUUCUUGCUAUUUCGUUGCUCAUAAUUCUUCUACAGGAUUUUUUCAAUCCGCAAUGACUCAGCCAACAUUGUCCCAGUCAAUUAUUGCUGAGUAUAAAACGUCACGAAGUCCUUUUCUCUCGCUUGCCGAGAAGGAAUCUGUCAGAAAACAUUUUGCAGAAAUUCUGGAAUACUUAUCGUUAGAGUCGCGGCGUGAAGCUCUAGGCAUGUGGCGUAAGCUUCAAAACUAUCAAAGAUCGCAGAAUAGUGAUUAUGUCAAUCCUGGAAAUGGGACUUUCAAAGAAUUAGUUGACAUAUUCUGUGAACAUGACUCGAACAUGUUACAAGGCUGGAUUAACAAACUGAGAUUAGAUGCCCAUUCACAUCUGAUAUUGCGCUAUAUUCUUGAUUUGCGUAAACAGGAAGAACAUUUUGAUUCUUCCUGCAACCUGAUCGAUAGUGUUAUUCCAAUUCAACUCAUCCAUCCUCGUUUCAUGAAUGAGAGCUCUGUCGGAAGCAAUUUACCCACUCGCGAAGACCUUUUGACCAGAUACAAGGAAACAUUCUUGAAAAUAUCAUCGCACUCAUGUCGACGCAUUGCUGCGGCUGUUGUUUCUUAUAUUGAUCCGCUGUACUCAUCAAGGCGGCGAUGGCAUGGAGAGAGAUGCCCUGACUGGUGGCCACGGGAUAUGAAGUAUGAAAUAAUCUCCAGGAUGAGGGAUAGUAAUUUGCUAGAAUUACUCAUGUUCCUGCUUCAUGACCUUUACUUCCAAGGCAUCAGGAGUAACAACUGGGACGAGGCGACUAGGAAGCUAUCUCUUUUCAAACAUGAAUGGGACACGCUACAGGUGAUCUUAGAUAUUCGGAAGGAAGAAGAAAGUGGACAUACAAAUAUAGGUCUGAAGAGUGUUAUUUUGACUGACUAUGUCCUUCUCGCACGAUGUGACGAUAAACUCGUCUGGUUGAGCGGCUUCCCAGAAUCUAGGUUCCUAGUAAACAAAACGAUCACGCAGCAGUUUGCAAAAGAGGUUUCCAAGAAGCGGUUCAAACGCGGAAUCCCGAUGCGAAUCCAGCGCCCAUGUACACAGGAACAGUUACAGAAAUACAGGAUUGUGGCCGGGCUUCAACCAAGCUAUCGCCAAUGAGUUUCCCACUGGCAGUGCAGCGGAAAAGGGAAACAGAGGAGGGGGGUUGCGGCAGUUCAAAUUGCUAUGUUGAACAGAAAAUGGGGUGUGUAGCUGUACGC